CUACGAAAAAAUCAAAAAGGUGAUCGAUCAAAAGAGAUUAAUAAGAAGCGUGACAUGUAUAACUUGAGAAGAAAAGCACAAAAUUCCCACCAAAAUGUUAAUUAAUGGGUACGGAUCCGGGUCUAUUUAUUUUGACUCGACCUGUUAGGUGUUUUGGUUUGUAUGCUAAUAUCUUAAAUAGCUAGGGCACCUCUGUUUAGGGUUUUGGGGGCUGAAAAGAGGGUUUUAGCACAUACCUAACAACACAAUCCAAAUCGAAGCUGAUGGAUACCUCAGGUCUUAAUUCACCUGAAUUGCAGCGAUUUCUCAAUCAAGAAAAGGAAAAGGCCAUGGUUAAUGAAAUGGUGGCAAAGCUAACAAAUGUUUGCUGGGACAAAUGCAUCACCGGUACACCUGGUAGUAAGUUCAGCUCCAGUGAAUCAGCUUGUCUUUCCAACUGCGCUCAGCGUUACUUGGAUAUGAGUGUUAUUAUCAUGAAACGCUUUCAGUCUAUGAACUAAAGGAGAUGGGAUCCUAGACGUUUUAUCUGAGUGCAAGAUUUGACCCUUUGUCUCUCACCAAAUUUUAAAAUGAUGUAUUUUUGACCUAAAUCUCAUUUUGUUGUCUGGAAACUUUUGUUAGAAUGGAUUUUAUAAUUUCACA